AUGUGGUGGGCAACGAACGACAGCACGACGAUGGAGGCAGUCGGCAUCGACGUCGGGCAGAGGUCGACCACAAGACGUCCUCGUAUCACAUCCGAUGCAUUGGCAGUGGCCGAUAUGCCGAUCAGAGAUGACAGUGAAAACCACGGCGAUCUGUUGAGUUACUUCCGCCCUACGCAGUCUGGUGAAGAGGUUAGAGGCCCAAUCAACGUACCGGAUCUUCCAGAGUGCCAGUGCAUGCGUGCUCACGCGGCGGAAUCCUACAAAGCAAAGACGGCUGGAGAAGGGAUUCGUGCCACAGGAAGCGGUACCCGUCAAUCAAGUUGCGGUUGCACGAAGCCGCCGGCUUGGGCUCAAACUCAGACUAUCUGUCUCGCAAAGUCUGACCAAUCGGUGAAUGCUAUCUCGACCCCCACGGAUGUCAAGGCCACCGAAAAUGACAGGACCAGUGCGACGCAUGGAAAGUAA